CGUCCCUCCCUCUCUGAACUCAGACACGCAGACACAUCUCACACACACAUGCCGUGGCUCGGAGGGAAAAACACAAGGGAAUGACUGACAGAAAGAGACGAGUGGAAAUUCUCACGGCUGGAAGAUAAAGAGAAAGCAAGGAGAACUUUUGUGGACAAAAACCAGAGAGACAAUCUAAAAGAAAUAGAAAAGAAGAGGGCUUUCUUAAAAGGGCAGCAGGAGGGAGGUACCGAGGAGCCCUGUGAAAAGACAAGCUAAAAAAAGAAAGAGAGAGAAAGAGAAGUGGGGGGAGAAAAGCAGAUACAUUGAAAGCACCAAAGACUUUUGGACGCACUGAGACAGAAAGUGAGAAAAAGGGGGAUUUUCACACUCUGCGUCCUGGAAAAAAGAUCGCUAGAUAAACGAAAGGAGUAAAGGAUUUUUUACACUUGUUUGAUAUGGAACUUGAAUUUGCUUUCCUGCUUCUGGGCCUCCUGCUGGUGGUGUUUCCAGCUGAACCGUCAUGUGAUAUUGGCUAUCAGGUGUUACAGGGAACAUGUGUAGAUGAGAACGAGUGUGAAUAUGAGAACACAUGUGGUGAGCACUCGGUCUGCUUGAACACAAACGGAAGUUAUUACUGCCAGUGUACGAAGGGCUUCACCUCCGGAACCACAAACUUCACUGCCACCACAGGACAAUGUCGAGACAUAAACGAGUGCACAGAGAACAGCACGAGCCCUUGUCCUGAAAAUGCAGUGUGUGUAAACACAAUCGGUUCUUACCAAUGUACGUGUUUACCUGGGUUUCAAGAUAAAAAAGUAGGAUCUACGUACACCUGUGCAGACAUUGAUGAGUGUGUGCUAAUCCCCACUGUGUGUGAACCGCACGGUGUAUGCGAAAACACACUCGGCACAUUCACCUGCUCGUGUCCCACCGGGUUCCGUAACCAAGGCGACAGCCACACCCCUUGUAAAGAUGUUGAUGAAUGCGAUAGCAAGGAACAUGUGUGUGGUGAAGAUGGCACUUGUUCCAACACUGAAGGGAGUUACUCUUGCCGGUGUAAAUCUGGUUACAGUAACUACGGCAACAAUCGGACUAAAUGCACAGAGUUGAAAUGUAACAGGCUCAACGCCACAUCUGAAAAGGAUGUAGCGGCGAUGGGCGGGUUGAUGAAUCUGUUCAUGACUAGUUGUGAGUCAUUAAGUGGUUCAUCGAGGGAACGGCGUACAGGAGAAACAUUACUGGAGAACCUGCUGAAUGUCACAGGUGGUGUGUUAUCAGGUGGGAACCUGAACUCCAGCUCCACUUUGAGUGUGUUUUUUGGAGCAGUGGAAAACAUGAUGAGGCUCAUCGCACCUCAGCUCAACAAACCCACAACCAGGAUGGACAAUGAGGACACUGAGGCGUGGCUUACAGUCAAGAAGGAUCUGACUCCGCCCACUGGACCUGUCACACUGGACACAGACAAGGUGCGGCUUAACAUGAGAUGGGAAACAGCAGUGGGAGCUAAUUACCCAGGUUUUGCGUUUGUGGCGUUGGUCAGUUAUAAAACGCUCAACUCCACCAACGUGUCACAUCCAGUGAAGAUAGACACAGAAACGUCACGCAGGAACACCACCUACCUACUCAACUCUCAAGUGGUGACGGCUCUCGUCAGCAACACGGACACGCAUUCUCUACCUGAGCCCGUCACGCUCACCUUCAGACACAAGAAUGAGAGAGAAGUGUCCAAGGGUCUGAAUUACAGCUGUGUGUAUUGGGAUGAGGCCCAGGGUGGAGGGCUGUGGUCAGGGCAGGGAUGUGUGAAGGGCGUGUUUAAUUCCACCCACACCGUGUGCACCUGGAGUCACCUGAGCAGCUUCGCUGUUCUAAUGGCCCUCUAUCCCAUCGAGGACACAUUUGAGUUGGUGUGGCUCACGCGGGUCUGUCUCACCAUAUCGAUCAUCUGUUUAUUCAUUUGUAUCCUGACGUUCUGGUUCUGUCGCUCCAUCCAGGGAACCCGCACAACAAUACACCUCCACCUGUGUGUCUGCCUCUUUAUUGCCAACAUCAUCUUUCUCUUCUUCAUAUCCAGCACACAGAACAAGGCUGGUUGUGCUUCGGUUGCAGCGCUCCUCCAUUUCUUCUACCUCGGUGCAUUCUCCUUCAUGCUGCUGGAAGGAGUGCAGCUCUACCGUAUGGUGGUUCGGGUUUUCCACACCACGCUCCACCAACUCUACCUGUACGCUGUGGGAUAUGGCGUUCCUCUCACCAUUGUCAUCAUCUCUGCCAUCGCCUUCCCAUCUGGCUAUGGCACUGAGCGCCACUGCUGGCUCUCUCUCGACCAAGACUUCAUCUGGAGUUUCUUUGCACCAGUCUGCAUCAUCAUCUUCCUCAACAGUUUCUUCUUCAUCAUAACCGUCUGGAAACUGGUGGAAAAAUUCUCCAGCCUCAAUCCAGACCUCUCCAAACUAAAAAGACUCAGGUUGUUCCUCCUGACGGCUGUAGCUCAGCUGUGUGUGUUGGGUGGGAUGUGGGUUUUUGGCUGUUUCCUCUUUCAGGAGGAGGGGACGCUGGUGAUGGCGUACCUCUUCACUCUGUUUAACAGCCUGCAGGGGGCGCUCAUCUUCAUCAUGCACUGCCUCAUGAGCAAACCGGUGAGAGAGGAAUAUAAGAAACUUUUUGGCAGAGUUUGCACAUCAGAGAAGAAGAGAUAUUCUGAAUUCAGCACCAAUCAGUCCAGCAACAGUCAGCGGCCUCUCCGGAGUGCACCGAGCACAGGAGAAUCCCAGAUAUGAAGCCAGAAACCUUUUCAAGUUGCAUUGAACUUUUCUACAGCAGGAGGACUUACAGUAGACAGUAGAAAGCUUCAUAAAAGCGAUGCACCUUUUCAGUCAGGCUAAUGGGCACAGACAUGGGACAACCCUCCUUGUCUAUUCAGCCAAUGGGAACUGAUCUACAAAUGCAUAUUUCUUCCAUCUAGCCAAUAGGAAUUGCCUGCAGAAAUACUCAAAUCUUCUAUCCAGCUAAUUGGAAUAAAGCCAGAAGUGGUUACACUAAUUCUUCCAUUCAGUGAAUUGCAGUGGCCACUAGCUUCGCAUGCAAGCAAUGAAAAGAGAGACUCUUUAGGUUUCUACUUUGGCCAAUUAAGGGGAAUAAAAGAAACAAAAACCAUGCUCAUCAUGUCCAUAGCUAAUAAGACAGACUUAAGCUGUUUAAGGAUGUCCACUUCUGAGCCAUUCAAGAUGGAGGGAAUGAACUAUUUAUAUAAUAUAAUAUAAUAUAAUAUAAUAUAAUAUAAUAUAAUAUAAUAUCUAACAAGUCUGCCAUAUGAUGAUGCAUUCCUACCUAUCACUUUAUGCUCAUCUGUGGUUAAAAAAACAAAGGGUACUUUAGACAGACAAACAAAUAUCCAACAGAGUCAAGCGUUUAAAUGCUUCAAUACAUGUAUUUAUUUCUUUUUUAAAAAUCAAGAAGAAGAUAUUCCAAAAUUGACCAAGUUUUCACAUGUUGAAACCUUGUUUUGCUAGCUAGCUACAAUCCAAAAGCACAAACUCGAGCCUGUGCUUUUCUACUCCAUACACUGUUGGUACCAUUUCUAUGUAACGUUAAUAUAAAACCUGCAUCUUCCAACUUUUACGAUUGUUUCACUUACAAAUUUUUAACGUAAGACCGUUCCUUGUUAGCAGAACCCAGUUAAGAUCUUCCUAAACGGUUCGUUUUUCAUAAGUAGUAUCUUUAACUAGUAUCAGACGUGCAGUAGGGUCCACCUGGAGUCAGCGUCAUGGGUUAGUUCUUGAGACGGCAACAAAAAACCAACUGUGUGUUAGUAGUGUCAUAUGUUGGAAUCGAAUAUGGUGUCGAAAUUAUUUGAAUAAAGGAACCAAAUACCAUGUAGGCAGGAUAUUUAUGUUUUUUUUUUGUUCUCUGUGAGGAUUUUGCUCUUAAAAUAUUAAGCUAAAUCAAAUGUAUUAACUUUUUGAUAAUGAUUCAGAUAAAAAUGGUUCUUGAUGGUGGACUUGGAUGUUUGGACCCUGCUGAAUGCACACAGAGACUGAUUUUUAUCAGAGAGCACUUUUAUUCUUAUGUCUGGAGCUUUGUUUUUAUUUUGCCAUCUUAUGAAUGUGUAAUUUACUUUAUACUUUCAUUUGUUUAUUUUAUUUUAAAAAACUUUUGUAUCUUUUGAAGGGAUUUUUUUUAAAUAUUAUUGUGAAAUGUUCAGGUAUGUGUGUACUUUUUUGUUAAAAAUCAAUCCUUUGAGGUCAUAGUGUUACGUAAAUAAGCUCAGGGUGAGAUAAACCCCUGAUUUGGUACUGAUGACUUCUCCAGACUUAAUAAAACACAUUUUAAUGCA